ACAUGUAUAUCUAACUACAAAAGUGAAAAUGUCAAAUGAGACGGAGGAUAAAUCCAAACAUAAUAAUGGAAAUGACAUUGGUAACAAAGACGUAACUAUACACUCUGAAAUUGGUGCCGGGUUGAUAACAACUAUAUGUUUGAUUGUACUGGUGAUGGUUAACCUCGUCUUCACUUUCUUCUUCUACAGGGCAUGGAAGAAAAGACAGGAAGUGCGUCGAAGACAAAGUAUGGUUGAAAUGAAUACCUUAAAUCCUUACAAUGCACUUGAUCGCAUGCCUGGACAUGUAUACUCCGACGUCCUGGAUUCACGUUCAAACUGUCAGUCUGGUAGAUACGCAACAAUCAAAUCGGUAGAUAAAGUAAAGGAAACGGAAAUUUCUGAAGAAAAUGUGCCACCGCUCAGAGCCAUUAAUAGAGACAAAUUGAAAACUCUAACGACACUAUUUUCAUUGCACUCUAAUGAUGUUAAUCGUACAGUUUCAAGAUUGAAAGCUGUUAAUACAGGUAUUCAAUGAUUUUCAAUGGUCGUUGUAAUACUUUAUAUGUAUGACUAUGCGUAUCCUAAAUGUAAGGAAUUAAAACUGGUGACAUU